CCUUUGUUUGUAUGGGACGUUAACCAUAAAUAUCUCUCCUGUGCGUUGGCCUAUCUCUGGUUAGAGACUUUGAGACUAACAAACGCGGAGAGAGCAACAUAGAAAGAGAAGCUCAUCGGUGUUCAGAAACUUCACACAGAGAGAGAGAGAGAGAGAGAGAGAGAGAGAGAGAGAAGGAAGGAAAUUCUUUCUUCUUUGAUCUCUGAUUUUUUUUUUUCUUUUUAAGAAGUUUUUGAAGUGAGAAGCGAUAUGGGUUAUUGGAAAUCUAAGGUUCUUCCAAAGAUCAAGAAGGUUUUUGAGAAGAACCCCAACAAGAAAGCUGCUACUGAAGCAAGCGAGUCUUUCGACAAAUCUAAGGAAGAGAUCAACAAGGAGUUUGAAGAGAAGAAGACAGACCUCCAACCCAAAGUAAUUGAAAUUUAUGAAGCUUCCUCCACUGAAAUCAAGACCUUGGUCAAGGAACGUACGGAGGCAGGAAUCAAGAAAAAGCCCACAGCAGUUCAAACUUUCCUGGAAGAGUUAGUGAAAAUUGAGUUCCCGGGAUCGAAGCAGGUCUCUGAAGCAUCAACCAAGUUUGGGCCAGUUCUGGUUUCAGGGCCAGUUCUGUUUGUGUUAGAGAAGGUCUCGACCUUUGUAGCAACAGAGGAGAAACCAGCUGAGACAACAAGGGAGAUUACAACUACGGAGACGGCGACAGAGACAACAGAGACGAAGGCGACGGAGACAGUGACAGAAACUACAAUAACAACAGAGGAGACUAGUGGGAAGGACAAGGAGAUAGCCAUAGAAGAAGAAGGGAAGGAAGUGAAAGUUGUAGAAACUGUAGCUCCGGUUGAGGAGACCAAGAUUGAGAAAACCGAAUCGACUGAACCGGAACCGGUUCCUACUUCAUCUGAACCACCCAACGUUGAAGAAGCUGAACCACUAAAGGCUUGAAGGUAUAUUGGAUGAAGCCCAUGAUCAAGAUGAUCAAUAUGUGUAAAAUUAAGUAAUUUUCUAUAAAGUUUCAGAUCAACCUCCCCUUCCUUCUUCUUCUUCUCUUUGAUGUUAAAUAUGAUUUGUUAUUCUUCGAUUUCUCCUUGUAAUCUUUUAUUAUAUAGCUGUUUUGAUCUUGAUUUUAAGUUUUUAUGGAGAUUUAUAUUGUUGUUGUUGUGCAUGCAUGCACGUGUUUCUAUUUAUUUUGAUGGUGAGGAGAUUCUUUUA